ACUUAAUAUAAUUAUCCUUUUAUAAUUCCUAAAAAAAAGGAUUACGAUAAAAGGGGAAAAUGCUCUUCUUAUCCUUUUAUCCACAAAACCAAACCAAAACUCGUGUCUUUAUCUUUUAAUUACAGCUUUGUUCCCGAAAGUCAGAAACCGUUCGUCUCCCCCCCCUCUCUAUCUCUCUCUAGAUGGCUCGUUCCCUCUCCCUUCCACUUUCUCUCUCUAAAAACCGACUCACAGCAGCUGCAGCCUCCUUCCUCCCUUCAUCGCACCUCUUAUCCAUCCGAUCUCAAUCCUCCGACCGUCGCGGCGAUCUGUACGAAUUCGACAUCGCCGCGUCGCAAUCGCCCUCGGAUCCGUUAAUUCAGAAGCUAGAGGACGCCGUUCACCGGAUAGUCGUCCGAAGAUCGGCACCCGAUUGGCUCCCGUUUGUUCCCGGUGCGUCGUACUGGGUCCCUCCUCCUGGAUCUGGAUCUCAGACUCACGGGAUCGCUCAGCUCGUCGCGAAGCUGGCUAAUCCGUUAACGGACGAAGAAUCUCUCUCCACCAAUUCGUCUCGCGGAUGGCCUUCCUCUGAUUAUUUCCUUAAAGGUGUGCAGCCUCUAUUGAUGGAGACUAAGACCGAGGCGACUUCAAAUACAGAGUCUCACUCCGAGGAUGAGGAAGGGUAAAGAGAAUGCUACUUUGAAGAAUCAACCGGCGCGUUUGGGUGGGUUGUUACUUAAACUAAAGGUCUGACCUUUUUUAUUGAAUGAUCAUGUAUAAAGAGUCAGACGUCUGAUGACUUUUUGGUUGGGUUUCAUUAGAUAGAAGAAAUAAUGAAGCUAGAUCUAUUGGAUCUGUAGAUUGUUAUGAAUAUGAGCCGGGGUGAUUCUGAUGACGACUGAACCAAGUCAAGUGCAAAGACUCGCCAUAUAGACUGCUUUACUAAUCCUGAAAUGUAAAAAAAAAAGAAUAAUAGUAGUUAGUUGUAGCCAUUUUACCUCUGUUUAGUGUAAUCUUUUCCUUUUUUAAAAAGCUGUUGUAUAUAUUUCUGUUUCAUUGCUCUUUCAGUUAUGUAACCAGUUUAUGAUAAACUCGAAUGAAUAAAAGGGGAAAAAAAAUUGAGCUUUCA